UGUGGCCUAUUCUACAAAAUCGGGUGACAAAUUUCUGCAAUUUAAGUUCGCUUGGCGGAAAAAAGAACGAGGAAAGGCCGUUUAUCUACAGACCUGCCACUGGUCAUGGGAAACGAAGAGAAGAAACGGAGAGAACUGGAGAGAAGAGUGCUGGAGAAAGUGGAACAAGCUAUCGCCUCCGUCCACAACGCCAAGGACGUCGACCAAGUUAUUGUAGCUCUCUACUCCGUCGCCGUCUGUCUUUUCCCCCUUCAUCUCCAUUCUCUUUCAGGUAGUGUUGAUGAGAAAUAUCGACAAGAGUUAUGGGCUCUGGAGGCGCCAAGUGGAGAUGAUAAAACUGAAUGGUGUAAUGUCUUCUACAGAGGAGCUGCGUUCCGUGCUUUUGCUAGAGUUUUGUUAUAUGAUGUUGCUUCCGAUUGGCUAGCCUGCUUUGCAGCUUCUGCAAGGAAACAUGUGUAUGAUGUGUUCUUUCUAAAUGGCUGUGCUGCUGAGAUAGUUCAGGUGGUGGUUCCUUGUCUACAGCUCAGCGGAAGUGGUGGUCAUGAUUCAAGUGCUGUGUGCUUGAAUGCUGAAAGACUGCUUGUGCUUUGCCUGCUGGAGAAUGAUCUAAUACUUCAGAUAGCUAGAGAAUUUGCUGGUGGUGCUCAAUUUCAAGAUCUCAGCCAUGAACAACUCAAGCAGGCUAUUUCCAAGGUCUCACAGCUUGUUACAUCUAUUCCUGACAAAGCAAGACUAGGAGCUCCUACUUCACUCUCCUCACAUUUGUUUUUCGAAAGACUUACCACUCAGCUUCUUCAAGGAGCUGAGGAAUGGGAUAUGAUGUUGGUAGAUGAGACAGCUGCUGCCGAAGACACUCAUAUGGAUGGCUCUAUUCGUUUUGUUGGAGAAGCAUUUGCCCGCAUUUGCCGUAGAGGGUCUGCUGAUGUGCUGUUAAGUGAGAUGAUUCCAAGAAUUCUUGGACAAGUUAGGAGUGUCUUGUCAUCAAACUCUGUUCUGGCCAUUAGUGAAAUAUUCGACUCAAAACCUGGUUUUCGCUUCUGGUUGAAGAUCAUGGAAGCAGUAAAUGAUUCCCAUUCUGUGGAAAGAAUAGCUGAAGAACUCUUGCAUCAACUAGCUGUUCAAAAUAUUAAUGAUGUGGAGGGUUACUGGAUUUUGUGGAUACUUUUUGGUCGAAUCUUUAAGCGCCAAACUCCAAUCAGGUUCACUUUUGUGGAAAAGUUUUUACUCUGGAAAAUAUUUCCCACCUGUUGCUUAAGAUGGAUUAUUUACUUUGCUGUGCUUGAAUGCACCCCUAAUAGUGCUUCAUUGAGGUCUUAUAAUGCUCAUGGUCUCUCAAACACAGUGCACCGUCUUGUGGUAGCGUGGUCUAGAAAAGAGUUUGUGCAAUCAUCUCCAAUUGAGCAGCAAGCUUAUGUAACUGCUGCUUUAGGCCUUUGCCUGGAGAAGAUGGGUAAAGAAGAUCUAGAUGCAACGAAGGAUGGAUUGCACUCGAUUCUUCAGGGAAUUAGUUGUAGGUUGGAGAGUCCUGUAUAUUUGAUUCGAAAAAUGGCAAGCGCUAUUGCUUUUGUAUUUUCUAAAAUUAUAGACCCGCAAAAUCCUUUAUAUCUUGAUGAUACUUCUCGUGAAGAGACCAUCGACUGGGAAUUUGGGUUAGCAACCCGCAGGAAAGGGGCUCUCACAACGCCAGUACAUGAUGGAGAUGAAAGGACUGUUGAAAGAGAAAACUCUUCUUCCACGUUGUCUGGAAAACAAAUUCAGAAAGGAGAAGAAAAUGGGGUUGGUAAUGCAGCGAAAGCUAGAAGGAAGAAGGAAUCUGCAUUUACUUUAAUAGACCCAGAUGAGGUUAUUGAUCCAGCAACAAUAAAUGAGUCCACCUUUUAUGAAGAUGAGAGUGACCAUGCAAGUGAGGAUUCUGAGACUUCAAGCGACUCAUUGUUGCAGCCAUAUGACCUGACAGAUGAUGAUGCAGAUCUGAAAAGAAAAUUCUCCCAGUUGGUUGAUGUGGUUGGAGCACUUAGAAAAUCAGAUGAUGCUGAGGGUGUGGAAAAGGCGCUUGAUGUUGCUGAGAAGCUUAUCCGAGCAUCUCCAGAUGAGCUUAAAUAUAUGGCGGGUGAUCUGGCUAAAACUCUUGUACAGGUUCGUUGCUCUGACGUCACAGUUGAAGGAGAAGAAGAAUCAGCUGAAGAAAAGAGACAAAAGGCAGUAGUGGCAUUGAUUGUCACGUGCCCUCUUGAAUCUCUUGAUAGUCUGAACAAACUGCUUUAUUCACCUAAUGUAGACAUCAGUCAGCGGGUAAUGAUUUUAGAUAUCAUGAUAGAUGCAGCUCAGGAACUUGCAAGUGCAAGAAUAUUAAAAUCAGAACAUCGACCAAAGGCUCUCAUAUCAUCCACUUCUGAUCAACCAUGGUUCAUGCCAAGAAAUACUGGUCCUCCAGGAGCAGGGCCUUGGAAGGAAAUCUCUUCAACAGGGACUCCAUUGAACUGGUCUUAUUCUUAUGAAAGAGAAUUACCUUCCAAAGCAGGGCAGAUCAAGAGGGGGAAGACUCGUCGAUGGAGCCUUCGGACAGCAAUACAGGAUAACCAGAUGGAGUGGUCUCAAAAUAGCUUCCCUCAAUAUGCAGCAGCGUUUAUGCUUCCUGCCAUGCAGGGAUAUGAUAAGAAGAGACAUGGUGUUGAUUUACUGGGAAGGGAUUUUAUUGUCCUGGGAAAGCUAAUAUACAUGCUUGGUGUUUGUAUCAAAUGUGCAGCAAUGCAUCCUGAAGCUUCCGUUUUGGCAUCCCCCCUUCUGGAUAUGUUAAGAUCCAGGGAGAUAUCUCAUCAUGCAGAAGCAUAUGUGAGAAGGUCUGUCCUUUUUGCAGCUUCAUGUGUUCUGUUGGCCCUUCAUCCCUCGUAUGUUGCAACUGCUGUGGUUGAAGGGAAUAUUGAAAUUUCUGAAGGGCUUGAGUGGGUUCGCAUAUGGGCACUGCAGGUUGCUGAAUCAGACACAGACAGAGAAUGCCAGACGCUGGCCAUGGCAUGUCUACAACUCCAUGCAGAGAUGGCUCUGCAAGCUUCCCGGGCGCUUGAAUCCUCAAAAGAUGCAUCAACUGCAAAGAGUAUUAGUCUAUCCGCAAGUGUCUCAAAGAGAUCAAUUAAGAUCCCCUAUUUAGAUUAGUAGGAUAGGUAUUUUGGUAAUUGCUGCUUGUGUAUUCGCGGAAAUUCUUUUCUGUGUAGAAGGGUGUGAUGGACGAUUUAUUUUAAAUACAUCUCGAGGGUUAAUUACACAUAGGCCCUCGUUGCUACCUUUCAAACUUUUGAAUGAUCUCUUCUGUUA